CGUCGUCUCCGAUCCUGUGUUCUCUCCUCGAGCAAGUGCCGACCGGAGUGGCUGUGCGAUGGCUCCAGUUGCGCUCCUGCUCGUCGUUGUGAGCGCGGCGUCGCUUCUUGCUCCGGCGGGCGCCGCGCUGCCACGGGUGGAGCACGCGCCAAAGGCCGAUGGGUCGCUCGCCAUUCUCGCCGUCGGCGACUGGGGGCGGCGUGGGCAGUUCAACCAGACCCUGGUUGCCGAGCAGAUGGGAGUGGUGGGGAAGAAGAUGGACGUCGACUUCAUCAUCUCCACCGGCGACAACAUCUAUGAGGACGGCAUCGCCAACACCAGCGACCCGCUCUUCAAGGAGUCCUUCACCAACAUCUACACUGCCCAGAGCCUCCACAAGCCCUGGUACAUUGUCCUUGGCAACCAUGACUACACGGGCAAUGCACUCGCGCAGCAAGACCCUGCCAUCCGCAAAGUGGACAGCCGGUACACCUCCAUUGCGAAGUCCUUCAUUGUCAACUCAGGAAUUGCGGAUUUCUUCCUCGUCGACACGACGCCAUUCAUCCUCAAGUACUGGAACGAGACCAAAUUCGAUUGGAGAGAGGUUGCUCCUCGCGACACCUACAUCAAAAAUCUCCUCAAGGAUCUGGAGUACGCACUGACGGAGUCCAAGGCCGCAUGGAAGAUCGUCGUCGGUCACCACCCCAUCAGCAGCGGCUGCGGGCACGGGAACAACACUGAGCUCGUGCAGCUGCUUCUCCCAGUCCUCAAGGCUCACGGGGUUGACAUGUACGUGAACGGCCAUGACCACUGCCUGCAGCGCAUCAGCAGCAGAGACAGUCAUCUUCAGUUACUGACGAGUGGCGGCGGGUCUAAGGCGUGGGCGGGCAAGUUCAAGGCCACCUCGGACAAGGUGGAGUUCCUCUACGACGGGCAGGGGUUCAUGUCGAUGCGGCUGAGCAAGGCGGAGGCGCACCUCGCCUUCUUCGACGUCGCCGGCAGCGUCCUGCACUGCUGGGGCCUCACCAAGACUGCAGCAGCUGGGCACUAGCUUAGCUGGGCUACGAAGAGUUGAUCAAUCGGAGGCAACGGAUUGUUUGUGCCAACCUGGAGGCAGUUGCUGUUGGUGUGGUGUCGUUGUUAUGUGCGCGCGCGUGUUAUUUCAAGGGUUGGUGUAUCGUCAUGUGUGUGCUACUAUACUAGUUUGAUUGUGCUGCUGAAAUUUUGCUCUUGCGAAGCCGUCGCUUUUGUUA